CAAGAUUAUGCUACUUUCAAGUUAGUCGCUACGUCAUGCUGUAGUAUUUAUGGGGAAGAAAAAUAGAAAUAAGAGAGAACUUCGCCAGACGUCAGUCAACGUUGGUAAUUUUGAAAUUUUAAAUCUCACUGGCUCAGCAAACAAGGUGGAUUUGCGUAACAAUGUGAAAGAAAAUGUCCCGAUUAAGGGUCUUCAUAAUCUAGGAAAUACGUGUUAUCUUAAUGCUGCCCUACAAUGUCUUGCAAGGAGUCCAUGGCUUUUGGAUCUGUUAAUUGAUGAUGAACCCAGAGAAUCUACUCUAACUAAACCUGAUGGGGACUCAGUAUCUACAUUAUGUAUUUCCCUGCCACCAAUGAAAUGUACCCUAACAACUCAAUUUAAAGAACUUAUAUGUAACAUGAAGCCCACUGAAGCAUCAAGUACCAAGAUUAACUCUUCCAACUCAAUAAGUCCUGGGGUUUGUUGUGUUAACUGGUUCUAGAAUUCUCAUCUUUUUAGAUGUUUAGAAACGUGUUUGUUGAACGUUGUCCGCGAUUUGGUGGGUUUAGGCAACAUGAUAGCCACGAGUUGAUUCGUUCUUUACUGGACUGUUUAAAACAAGAAGAACUUACACGCUGGAAGAAGGGUAUUUUACUCAAACUCAAUGUUAACCCAAAAGAUGUUCGUGAUGAUGAGAAAGAAUCUAUUCGUAAUUGGGGCAAAGCAGCUUCUAUAGCCACAGCUAUAGAUCGACUUUUCGGUGGAAUUUUAAUCAGUACAAUCGAGUGUUGUUGUUGUGGUACUAUUCGUCCUAGAUUUGAACCAUUUUUGGACUUAUCUCUAUCGGUUUCUGAAACUAGUGUUUCAAAAUGUAAUCAUAGUGAAUCUAUGCCUGAACGAAAUUCUAAAGGUGCCUACAGUGCUAAACAACUUCGUAAAAAAGAACGUAAACGUAAAACUCCUAAACAACGAAAACAUCAAUCUUUCCUACGUGAUGAUGUUGAGCACCAAUCCGAUCAAGAUUGUUCCGAUUCAGACAGGCAUAAAUCACAACAUCAUAACAAUCUACCCGUGGAUUCGUUUAUUGCAAAAUGUUGCGCUGAUGUAACAUCAUCCCCGAGCAUUGAUGAUGAUGAUGAUGAUGAUGACAGUAAACACCAGGAGAAUGUAAUGAAUGGUGAUGUCGACGUAGAGCAGGAGGAGGAGGAGGAGGAGGCGCAUCAACAUGACGGUAGUCAUGGUGAUCAUGAUGGUGAUGGUGAUGAUGAUGACGUGGACUGUUGUGAAAACAAUGUCAUCAAUCUAAAUGGAUCAUCUGCACAUUCAAGUGAAACAUUAAAUCAAGAUUAUCGUGAUGAGGUCGCAUCAUCGGAUGGAAAUUGUGCAGAUACAGAAGAGGGCAGUGAUCUAUGCGAUAGUGUCACAUCAUCACCAUCCCACAGAUUAAUUUCAAAUCAUUCUAACGACCAUUUAAACGAAGAACAAUCAGGUGUAGUACAAACAACUUGUGAUUUGUUGGAAAAAUUACAUUUGAAUUCUGUCACACCCUCUCCAUCAUUUUCAUGUCAUACCAGUGAAUUAACUCAAGCUAUUCAUUAUGCAAGAAUUCCACUUAAUGAAAUGAAAAAUUCUAAUUCUAUUUUGACAAAAUCAAUUGGUAUAAAAAAAAACAAAGAACAAGUUAUUUCUAUUUAUGAAUGCCUGUCAAAAUAUACUUCCACUGAAUUAUUAACUGGCUCAAAUCGUUUAAUUUGUGAUAUAUGCACAAAACGUAAUGUGUUGGAGAAUUCAUUGAAUUCGUCCAUACAUGAACAACCGAUGACAAAUAAUCAAUCGAUAUCUAAUAGGCAAUGCAUAUUUCAAGAUGUGAUUAAACGUGAUUUAAUUUAUAAACCACCAGCAAUAUUAAUGAUACAUUUGAAACGAUUUCAACAGAUUGGUGUACAAUUGAGAAAAUCACAAAAAUCUAUAAAAUUCCCUAUUGAUUUGGAUAUUACACCAUUUUGUUCUGGUCUUGCAUUGACUAAUUCCAAUCGAAUACAUUAUCAUUUAUAUGGUGUGAUUGAACAUACUGGACAUUUAAAUUCUGGUCAUUAUGUGGCUUAUGUAAAUGUGCCCAAAUCUAGCGUAUCGAAUGAUCAAUUGACUGUACAAAAAAUACAAUUAUUUAUUGGUUCAUUGCACCAGUCACCGAAAUGGCCAUUAUCGAUUAAUGAUUUAAUACAACGUUUUCGUCGUUGUGAUCAUUAUCAACAAUUAUUAUUACCCUCCUCCUUAUCAUCGUCAUCGAUUACCAAUCAUCAUGAUGUGGAUAACAUGAAUAAGAAUAGUGACGUGAAUAAUAAUCAUUCCACUGGUUGUAACAGUGAUGAUGGUGAUGCUGACGAUGACGAUGAUGAGGACGUGAAUGUGGACGAGAAUGACGCCUAUCAAUGGUUCUAUUGCUCGGAUAGUCAUGUUACACGUGUAUCACAAUCUACUGUGUUAAAUUGUCAAGCGUACAUUUUAUUCUAUGAACGUAUUGAAUGAGCAAAAAAAACAUUGAUUUUCACAUUGUAUUAUUUUUUACAUAUCUUGAUGAAUAGUGUACGUAUGUAAUGUAUAUUUUCACUCGGGGGAGGGCAGGGUUGUUUUUUGCUAUGCCUUCCCCGACGUAUUUUAUUGUCUCUCUCUCU